AUGGCAGCCACCUCACCGGCGGCAGCAGCAGCAGCAUCCAGAAUCGCCGAAGCCCGUCCGCGGACGACGCCCUACCGCUGCAUGCUCCGCCUCCGCGACCGCCUCGAGCUCUUCCUGGAGCGCUACGUCGACGGCGACCCCACGGCGCCGGCGGAGUUUAGCAUAUACAAGGCCGACCGAGACAGUCGAUGGGCCGAGAAAGACGCGGGGAUGAAGAUGAGCAAGGCCCCGGCCACUGCCAUGGCAAUAUCGAUCAUCAACGGCCCGGCGGACGAGACUCCGGCCGGGGGUCCUAUUACGGCUCAUCCCAGGGCGGACGCUGCUGAUCAUUCCGAUGACGCGAGAGGACAGAACGUUACCAGGGCUAGGGACAGGGAAAGGGGCAAGGGCAAGGGCAACGAGACGGCAGUUCGCCCGGCAGACGGCGGCGCCGAGACGGGACGACCUCCGAGGGCUGCGGGGGGCUCGGCCGCUGGACGACAGGCCGGUGCCCCGCGGCCACGGAACAUGUUGAGAACGAGCACUCUGUCAUCGCUCAUCGACUCCGCGAUCGGCGAAAAGAGGCGGCGCAGGAGGAAGAGGUCCGACGCGCGGCCGGGCUACUUUGAUCCCGGCCCGUUCCCCUCGACGCCAAGCCGCGGUGCAGUCUUGACGGGAGUGGGAGUGGGAGCUGGAGCGGGGGCGGACGAGGACCGAUUGGAGAUGAACGUCCCCGUCGAGCUGGCCAGGAGGUCGUGGACUGUUCCCAUCGGUACGGCGAGGUGA